AUGUUGGGAACUGCCACUGCCUUUGCCCUCUUUGGGCUGCUGUCCACAGUCAGCGCGUUUCCCACGCCUGCGUACGGCAAAGCCCCUUUCAAGACUCGCCAAACUGGUGGUCUUGGGCCACUCGACCUCCUGGGCAGCGCAUAUGGCGUUCCGGCCCCGAAUCAAACCUUUGACUACAUCGUUGUUGGCGGCGGCAAUGCGGGUCUGACUAUCGCGGCACGGUUGGCAGAAGUUCCCACGAACCGCGUGGCCGUGAUCGAGGCGGGGACGUUCUACGAGUUGAGCAACGGAAACAACAGCGAGACCCCAGCAACGGACAUUACAUAUGUCGGAAAGGCGCUGGACGAUUGGCAUCCGGGUAUUGACUGGGGUUUUGCUACGACACCGCAAGCUGGUCUCGACGGGGACGUCAGUCACUAUGCGCGUGGAAAGGUUCUGGGUGGGAGCUCUGCACGAAACUACAUGACAUACCACGCACCGACAACAGAGUCGCUUCAGAUGUGGGCAGAUAUGGUGGACGACCAGAGCUACACUUUCGAAAACUUCUACCCCUACUACAAGAAGAGUCAGGGGUUCACGGAGCCGGACAUGUCGCGCCGCUUUCCCAACGCCACAGUCGACUACGAUCCGGACUCUUUCGGCACUGACGGUCCUCUCUCUGUUAUCUAUCCCAACUACGCGACUGCGUUUGCAACAUGGGCGAAACGUGCGUUUGCCGAAGUUGGCAUGCCUGACAUUCCAGGUUUCACGAGUGGGCAAUUGAUCGGAAACGCAUAUGGCCCAGCAACUAUCCAGUACGAAACCAACGUCCGCGAUUCCUCAGAGACAGCCUUCCUGCGCCCCUACCUCGACCAAGACUACCCGAACCUCAUCGUCUUCAACCACCACCUCGCCACCCGUAUCAUCUUCGACGGUACCCGUGCCACCGGUGUCGAGGUCGACACCAACGGCUUCGUCUACACCAUCGCAGCAACCAGCGAAGUCAUCGUCUCCGCCGGCGCCUUCCAAUCUCCGCAACUGCUCAUGGUCUCCGGCAUCGGGCCCGCCGAGGUGCUCUCCGCAAACAACAUCCCCGUCAUCGCCGACCGCCCAGGCGUCGGCCAGAACAUGUGGGACCACGUCCUCUUCGGGCCCUCAUACCGCGUCAACGUACUCACCGGCUCCGCCAUGGCCGACCCCGUCUACACGGCCGAGCAAGUCCGCCUCUUCAACGAAGAACGCCGCGGCGCCCUCGCCAGCCCCAACAACGACGUCUUCGCCUGGGAGAAACUCCCGCACCGCAACUGGUCCUCCUCCGUCGAGUCCGCCCUGCGCUCCUUCCCAGCCGACUGGCCCGAGAUCGAGUACAUCGCCCCGCAAGGCUACUUUGGCUACUGCGAAAACUUCAACCGCGACGCGCCCGUAGACGGCUUCAACUACGCCUCCGUCGUCGCCGGCCUCGUCGCCCCGCUGUCCCGCGGCAACAUCUCCAUUUCCUCCGCCGACAUGCGCGACGCCCCGCUCAUCAACCCGAACUGGCUCACCCACGAGGCCGACAUUGCCGUGGCCAUCGCCAGCUACAGACGCACGCGCGACAUCUGGAACGCGCCUAGCUUGCGCAACAUCACCAUCGGCCCGGAGUAUUUCCCGGGCGAGUUCGAGCCCAGUCGCACGGACGCCGAGCUGUUGGCGCUGAUCAAGAAGUCUGUUAGUACCAUCUUCCAUGCGAGCUGUACGUGUGCCAUGGGCCGCGAGGAUGAUGAGAAUGCGGUUGUGGAUACGCGGGCGCGGGUCAUUGGUGCUCAGGGCUUGAGGGUGGUGGAUGCGAGCUCGUUUCCGAUUCUGCCGCCGGGGCAUCCGAUGAGUACUGUUUAUGCGCUUGCGGAGAAGAUUGCGGACGAUAUCAAGAAUGGGUCCUCGUGA